AUGAGUUUCGUAGCUCCCUUCACAAACGUAUUCCGCUACACCGCGCCGCGCAUAGCCAUUCCCCGAGGCGUGGGAAAGCUGAGUGCGUUAUCUUGGACUCUACUGCCCUGAACGUUGCUGACAAGCUCGGGGAAACUAGGGUGCGCUGGCUCGUUUUCCACUGGUUCCCGAUGCUGGUCCGAGAAGGUUGCAAUCGAGGGGGGUGAGACAGAGAGGCUUGCCGAUGAGGUUGAGGGCGAGAGCGUGAUUUGUUGGCAGGUAUUACUCUUUUCAAAGCUCCCUUUUGGGGAACAACCGCAGCUUAUGUUUUGCAGGAUGGUGAAGACGUAGAGGACUUCUUAACUAGGUGCGCACCGUCAAAACUGCAUGGCAGGUCCCGGUUAGCCAUCAAGAAUCCUUGGGACAUUGAGCGCUCUGAAGGGAAUGUCGAUGCUGCUCUCACGGCGCUUGAGACGCCGCUUCAGGAGGCUAUCAGCGACUGGAAUGCCAUCGUGGCUGACGAUGCCCUGAAUAAGGUGACAUUUUACCCUUACUUUUCCGCUUGUCGGCCGACUAAUCCGAUACUUCCUGGCGGCAGUCGGCCAAAUUUAUCAGGAAAACCGAACAUCGUGACAGGUUAAAGGAAUUGAUACUCACGACAGCGGCUCAAAACGAGGUUGUCAGCGGGAAGGCUCGUUCAUAUCUCCUGUUAAUGGCUCAGAAGGCUUUCUAAUGAUUGGUUGGUAGUGGAUCAUAUAUGCGGGGUCAAAUACAGUUGAUUUUCAAUGGUCUAGAGUUGCUACCGGGACUUACGACGGGUUGUUGGGCACCAAAGCAGAGGUCUCGGGAAAUAAUGGAAUGGGGAUGCAUGUUAUAUUUGUCUACACCCCGGACUUUAGGGAUCUGAAGGAUGCAAAACGAGGUGAGCUUGCGGGCCUUGCUAGAUAAUUCAGCGCCUGUGACUGAUGUGAAAAGUUCUUAACGGGCUCAAGAAAUCCUUCCAAUGGAAGCCUAGGUCUCUCGCGUAUAAGCCAUGUAAGAAGCUCCCUGAACGAUCAAUUUUAAGCUGCUAAGUCGGAGCCAGUGAUAUACUCUCUUCUAAAAAUAACUGUUGAGAAUCCCUACCACCUGAGGCCGGCGAUAAUCACUUCAAGGGAGCUUGAGGAGAGAGAGCUUGAACACGAGACGGAGCUUGAGGAAUAGAGGCACAAAAUAGUGGCGGUAGUAGAAAUUCGCUGGGUGAAUUGAUCAAUAGCUCAGGAGAUGCUUGUGUGUACUUUAACGUUACUCUGAAUUCAGUGGGACAUCCACGAGCUUGAAGGCCUCGUCAGCUCUUGGGUUUGAUAUGUACUGAAUGUGUGUGUUGAGUUCUUAUUCGAGGGACAUUUCCUCAACCAUCCCAUCUUCUUUCCUCACGUCACGCUCACACUGAAUCAUUUCCGCUCAUUCCCGACACAGCCCUCAUCCACUGAUAUGCCCCCAAAGAAAGAAAAGAAAGAGCAGGUCACUGGCGAUCAAGGUCAUCUUCCCCCUUCGCCGUGAUCACCUCCGAGAAGAACCAGUCACCCGUUGUUACACUACUGACAGUAGACGUUGUGACAGCCAGCGGCCUCGUGCUCGAAUAUCUUCGUCAACAGAAUCGGCCCUAUUCUGCUAUUGGUGAGUGAUGUGCUAGCUAAGAGUUGCAUUCACAUAAAGAAGGCUCAUCGUUUGUUUCUCCAGAAAUCAGUGCAAACCUUCAUAAUGCUGUUACCAAAUGUUUGUUUGCUGGCUUUUACCCCCUUAAAAUGGGGCAAAGCAGACCUGUGCGUGUGAAUACUCGGAGCUAAUUCAAUUAACAGCUGUUGCUACCAAGAUUCUCAAGGAUCUGGAUGAGAGGGGUGAGAUUGAGGGGAGAGCUUCAGGGAAGCAAGUUGUCUAUCAUAUCAUCCAGGUUGGCCCACUGGUCCCGAACCUGGGAAUCAUUGGCGAUCUAACAAUUAUCGGCUUUAAGGAUCCGAAGGACCUUGCAAGCCCCGAAGAGCUCAGGGCCAUGGCUACGGAAACCGAGGGUGUGAAAUAUUUAAUUUUCCUUGUUUUGGGGCAUCCUGGUUGGCUAACUUAAUGUGCGAGCCACGCCAGCUGUCAAACAAGAGAUUGGAGGAUUGAAGGCUGAACUUAGAGCACUCCAGUCUACCCUGAAUACUCUUAAGGCUGCCCCGACUACUACUUCACUACUUGAGACUAUUGCCUUGCUUGAGGCCGAAAUCCAAAACUUUCAAGUCCGGUUGGAACCGCUUCGCUCGAGCGCUGUUAGACCAGUUUCGGCGGAGGAGAAGGCUACUAUUUCCAACGAACACACCAGGCUUCAGAAGAUACUUAAAGGGAGGAAGAAUCAGUUCAAGGGGUUCUGGGACGCCAUCUGUGAUGGCUGCGUCGAUAUCAAUCCUAGUGACCUAUGGGUAAGUGGUCACGCUGCCCCUCCCGUCUGUUUUUUUUUUUUUUUUUUUUUGGGGGGGGGGGGGACUUUUUAUCCCUCUUGUCGAAUUUGUUCUUCUCUACCUCUGAAUGCCGUAAAAAUCAUAUCCAUCUGGUCUCCCUCUUUUUGAUAUUUUUCGGACCUGUCGAUAUUGUUCCGAGCUGCAGACAGGAAGUGGCUCUGUGUGAAUCAUUGGUCUGCAGUUUACGGGGCCAUGUAUGCUAUGAGUUCGUUUCUUUUUUUGCAGUUCGAUCAUCUGGUAGCAUGUUCUACCUUCCCCAGACAUGUUAUGUUCGCCCCACUCAAUUGGGAACUUGAAGAUUCAGUUUGAACUUGGGACGAUUCUUUCCCUGUCGCACGGCUGUGAUCUUUUGCGAGAGCACUCGAGUACCGGUACAGUACGAGUACCUGCGCGCAUGCACAUGCAGAAACUGAUCCUGGUAUUUUUUUACUAAAAGGAACGCUUGGGGUUGGAAGAGGAUCCUUGAAGGGGCUGUAGAGAACGCCAUGAACAAAAUGGGGGAGGCUUAAACUGACUGUGGAAAGGUUCGGUUCGGUUCGUACAGGUAUCAUGUUAUGGUGGGUAACAUUCUUAGAAGGUCCUUGUGGGAAUCUUACUUCCCCAACGGAUACUGGCGCCAUGGCGAGGAUGGUACGGGCAAAUUAGAUGUCUUUAGAGAAAAAACGAAAAGAAUAAAAAAGUGGUAGCCUUGGCUAUGGUGCCGUACUCCUGCAAGCAGGUGUGAAGGGAUUCAAAAGAGGUGCCUUUUGUGAUACUCGACUAAGUUACAGGGUGGAAGCAUCCGAAACAUGGGGAAGCGGUGGUUGCGGAGGUUGGUGGUGGUACAAAUCCCAGAGGGUUGCAUCAGUGAUUAUGAGGAGUACAUUUGCUUUUUCUCUUUGCUACAUGGUAAGUUAGCGAUGUUCCAUUAUCAAGCCCCAUUUAUGUCCGCUCCCGCACAUGGAACACUGAUUGCAGAGGGGUCAGCUGAACACGAGGUGCGAGGAUAUAUCCGCGUAACUGCGGCCGCGAAGAGGG